GUGCUGACCCGAGUGUCUCCCCCAGACAGAUCUGUGACUCCUCCCUGCCCGCGGCCUGCAGCCUGCCCGCCAUGGCCAGCCCCACCCUGAGCCCCGACUCCUCGUCCCAGGAGGCCCUGUCGGCCCCCACCUGCUCCCCCACCUCCGACUCCGAGAACCUCAGCCCUGACGAGCUGGAGCUGCUGGCCAAGCUCGAAGAGCAGAACCGGCUCCUGGAGGCCGACUCCAAGUCCAUGCGCUCCAUGAACGGCUCCCGAAGGAACAGCGGCUCCUCGCUGGUGUCCAGCUCCUCGGCCUCCUCUAACCUGAGCCACCUGGAGGAAGACACGUGGAUCCUGUGGGGCCGGAUCGCCAAUGAGUGGGAGGAGUGGCGGCGCCGGAAGGAGAAGCUGCUCAAGGAGCUGAUCCGCAAGGGCAUCCCGCACCACUUCCGGGCUAUCGCCUGGCAGCUGCUGUGCAGCGCCACCGACAUGCCGGUCAAGAACCAGUACUCGGAGCUGCUCAAGAUGUCCUCCCCGUGCGAGAAGCUCAUCCGCAGGGACAUCGCGCGCACCUACCCGGAGCACGAGUUCUUCAAGGGCCAGGACAGCCUGGGCCAGGAGGUCCUCUUCAACGUCAUGAAGGCCUACUCUCUGGUGGACCGGGAAGUGGGCUACUGCCAGGGCAGCGCCUUCAUCGUGGGCCUCCUCCUCAUGCAGAUGCCGGAGGAGGAGGCCUUCUGCGUGUUCGUGCGGCUCAUGCAGGAGUACCGCCUGCGGGAGCUCUUCAAGCCCAGCAUGGCCGAGCUGGGCCUCUGCAUCUAUCAGUUCGAGUACAUGCUGCAGGAGCAGCUCCCGGACCUGAACACCCACUUCCGCUCCCAGAGCUUCCACACGUCCAUGUAUGCCUCGUCCUGGUUCCUCACGCUCUUCCUGACCACCUUCCCGCUGCCCGUGGCCACCCGCGUCUUUGACAUCUUCAUGUACGAGGGCCUGGAGAUCGUGUUCCGGGUGGGUCUCGCGCUGCUGCAGGUGAACCAGUCGGAGCUGAUGCAGCUGGACAUGGAGGGGAUGUCCCAGUACUUCCAGAGGGUGAUCCCCCACCAGUUCGACAGCUGUCCCGACAAGCUGAUCCUCAAGGCUUACCAGGUCAAGUACAACCCCAAGAAGAUGAAGAGGCUGGAGAAGGAGUACGCAGCCAUGAAGAGCAAGGAGAUGGAGGAGCAGAUUGAGAUCAAACGGCUCCGGACGGAGAACCGGCUCCUGAAGCAGCGGAUUGAGACCCUGGAGAAGGAGAGCGCAGCUCUGGCUGAUAGGUUAAUCCAGGGGCAGGUGACGCGGGCCCAGGAGGCCGAGGAGAACUACGUCAUCAAGCGGGAGCUGGCGGUGGCGCGGCAGCAGUGCAGCUCAGCUGCCGAGGACCUGCAGAAGGCCCAGAGCACCAUCCGGCAGCUGCAGGAGCAGCAGGAUAACCCGCGCCUCACCGAGGACUUUGUGGCCCACCUGGAGACUGAGCUGGAGCAGUCGCGGCUGCGGGAGACGGAGACGCUGGGGGCCCUGCGGGAGAUGCAGGACAAGGUUCUAGACAUGGAGAAGAGGAACAGCUCGCUGCCCGAUGAGAACAACGUGGCCAGGCUGCAGGAGGAGCUGAAGGCCCUCAAGGUCCGCGAGGGCGAGGCCGUGGCCUCGGCGCGGGAGCUGAAGCUGCAGCUGCAGGAGCUCUCCGACGCGUGGCAGGCCCACCUGUCCCGGGGUGGCCGCUGGAAGGAGUCCCCGCGGAAGCUGGUCCUGGCCGAGCUGCAGGACGAGCUGAUGAGCGUGCGUCUGCGCGAGGCCCAGGCCCUGGCCGACGGCAGGGAGCUGCGGCAGCGCGUGGUGGAGCUGGAGACGCAGAGCAAGGAGGAGGUGAUGGCGGUUCGCCUGCGGGAGGCCGACAGCAUGGCAGCCGUGGCCGAGAUGCGGCAGCGCAUCGCCGAGCUGGAGAUCCAGAGGGAAGAGGGCCGCAUCCAAGGCCAGCUGAACCACUCCGACUCGUCGCAGUACAUCCGCGAGCUCAAGGACCAGAUCGAGGAGCUGAAGGCCGAGGUGCGGCUGCUGAAGGGCCCGCCGCCCUUCGAGGACCCGCUGGCCUUCGACGGGCUCAGCCUGGCGCGGCACCUGGACGAGGACUCGCUGCCGUCUUCCGACGAGGAGCUGCUCGGCGUGGGUGUGGGCGCCGCGCUGCAGGACGCCCUGUACCCGCUGUCCCCCCAAGACGCCCGCUUCUUCCGGCGCCUGGAGCGGCCGGCCAAGGACAGUGAGGGCAGCUCAGACAGUGACGCUGACGAGCUGGCCGCGCCCUUUAGCCAGGGCCUGGACAACUGAGCCGUGCCCCCGAGGGGCCAGAGCCAGGGGCCGCCGCCAGGGGUGCGGGGCCUGGUGGCCGGCACUUGCGGAACGCCAAGCUCGGGGUCGGGCCCGCAGCCCACCGGGGCAGGGCUCGGGGAGGCCCGGAGCGGAGGCUCCUCGGGGCGCUGGCACGGCUCCCUCCCAGCGGUGUUGACCCAUCUCGGCCAGGCCCUCCUGGCCUGGUCCCAGAGCUGUCUGUGCCAAUCACUGGAGAGCCGUCCCCUCCCGACACCGAGGGCCAGGGCGACACAGGCCCCAGGACUCGCUGAGCAGGGCGCUCCCUCGGCCCAGGAGCCUGCCUGGUGGGACGCGGCCGCCGGCUGGGAAGGGCUGGAGCUGCGGGAGACUUGAGGAAGAAGGGCCCGCCUGGGCGGAGCUCCCACCUCAUCAAGCCCCUGGGCACUCCUGGCCAAGGGGACAGGCGACCAGACCGGGCUUUCCCGCCUGGUGCAGGCAGCGCUGCCCUGCAGCAGAAACCAAAGUCCCCGCCUGUGUGCAGAGCCGCCCAGGUGUGCAGGCCAGCGGGCGCCGCCAGGCCUGGCCAGUGCCUGUCCCCAGUUCUCAGGGGGCCUGAGCCAUCCUGAGGUCAAGAAACGCCCCACUCGGUGCCCCACGUGCCACCCCUUCCUGCGAAACACCCCUCCGCCCACCCUGGCACUGAAGGGGGGCCCCACCCGGGCCUGCCUCUUUUGCAGGGCCCCGGCCCCCACUUCCUGUGGCCCAGCCCACCCUCAGGCUAGGCCGGGCGGGCAGGAGGAAGCUUCCCCGGGCGCUGCCAGCCCUUGCCGCCUCCCUGCUGGUCCAGAGCUGAGACUGGUGCCAAAGUCCAGCAGCGUCCCAGGCCGCUCCCCGGACUCACGACCUUCUGGGCUGCCCCUCGGUGCUCGUGGAGCCGCGGGCAGCGGCCUCACAGCAGUUUCCCUGUCGUGUCCUGGGUCAGUCCAUGCUCAGUACCCCUGGCCACCCGCCCUCAGUGUGGCAAGCCGGGGGUCCAUGCUCAGUACCCCUGGUCACCCGCUCCUCAGUGUUACAAGCUGGGGGACCAGGGUGGGCAUCGCCCACACUGCCCACCACCAUUUUGCACACUGCCUGUUCACACUCCACAUGUUGCCCAGGCGGGAAAGAUGGAAAAUAAAGUGUAUUUCCACGUGA